GGUUUAGAACUGGCGGUCUCUCGCCGGUGCUGCACCGCGACCCGCCCGCUAAUCUUCGGCCUCGUCCUCGUACCUGUCGUCUGUCGUCGUCAGUAGUAGUCCUCGUCGUCGGCCAAUCGUCGUCGUUCCGACGCGGAGAGAAAGAAAAAAAAUAAAUAAAAAAUAAAAAGAACGAACGAACAAAAUCUAAAAAAAAAAACGGUCUCAAAAAGUGACGCGCCGAAAGGAACAACGUCGGGGACUCGAGGAGGUGCGAGGACCUGUACAGAUUCCCGUGUACCCAACGCGUUUUCUCAUCUCACUUUUCAUCGGCCGGUUGUUGUUCGAUUUCGUUGUGAUCGGGUGAUUUUUGAAAGAAAAAAAAAAAAAAAAAAUUCGCGCGUGACAAUUCAGGAGUGUUCAGGAUACACCGUGACAUGAGGAACAUAAAUUUACGGAUAGGGUACGGAGUAUCGAAAAAGUUUAUUUACGAAUAAUGAUAGGAAUAACGGAGAGUAAGAAGUUCGUUAAUUUUUAAAAAAAGCAAUCUCGCAAUACAAAACACUUUGUCAGAGUAAAUGCCGAGGCGAUAUUAUGUUAGUGGAGAAAUAAUAAAGCAGAGUACGGCGAGUACGGAGGUGGCGGCUACCGGUGAAUUUUUUCGACGAGAACUCGCGGGAUUUGGGAAACCCGAGACGUAAGGCCGGAAAAACUGUAAGCUCGUUACGGCAAUUCUUCGACUAUCGUUACCUCACUCGUUCGAGUUUGUUUAUUCCAUCCAGUACGGAUGUAACGAUGUUGUAAUAUUCGGGGCGAACGGAUUCGAGAAAUGCAGGCGAACGUAGGUACGACGAGAGCGACGCGGGUCGAUUAGAUUUAAAGAAGAGACAAAAUUAAAAAAAAUCAAACACGUACUCGCGGGGGAAAGAAGAUAGAGUUGUACACGGAGAGCGGCGUAGAAGAGGAGAAAAUCCGAAGGCCCCGGGUGAAUAGCGCCGGGACAAAAUCGAAAGAACUAGGUGACGAUACCGGAAAUACGGUGGAAGUGUAUCUCGCCUUUGCAGGGAUGAGGAGACGAUCGGUGGUGGUUUUGUGUUGCUACCUUUACACCCUUUUCGACAUAGCGGCGUUGCAUUUUCCAGACCUGGAGCUCGAGGAAUACGGAAGAAAAGAGGCUUCCUUAUCUCUCAGGGAUAUUUUGCCCCUGAACCCGAAGCAGUACGACAAACACAGAGCGCCGAAGUAUCAGGGACAACCAACCAUAGUCUACUUUCACGUUACCGUACUAAGUCUGGACUCGAUAAACGAAGAAUCGAUGACGUAUGUUGCAGACAUAUUUUUAGCCCAGAGCUGGAGAGAUUCCCGUCUGAGAUUACCGGAAAACAUGUCGGAGGAAUACAGGAUAUUGGACGUCGAUUGGCUGCACAAUAUAUGGCGUCCGGAUUGCUUUUUUAAAAAUGCUAAAAAAGUCACAUUCCACGAAAUGUCCAUACCAAAUCAUUACUUGUGGUUGUACCACGACAAGACUCUUCUCUACAUGUCAAAACUGACACUGGUCCUCUCUUGCGCGAUGAAAUUCGAGUCCUAUCCGCACGACACGCAGUACUGUUCGAUGAUGAUCGAGAGUCUCUCCCAUACCACCCAGGAUCUGGUGUUCGUUUGGAACAUGACCGAUCCGUUGGUCGUCAAUCCGGAAAUCGAACUGCCGCAACUCGACAUAUCGAACAACUACACAACCGACUGUACGAUAGAGUACUCAACGGGGAAUUUUACUUGCAUACAAAUCGUUUUCAAUCUACGAAGAAGAUUGGGAUACCACCUGUUUCACACUUACAUUCCCUCCGCUCUGAUCGUGGUCAUGUCUUGGAUAGCGUUCUGGAUAAAACCGGAAGCCAUUCCGGCCCGCGUUACCCUUGGUGUUACUUCACUUCUGACUUUGGCCACGCAAAACACUCAAUCUCAACAAUCCUUACCUCCAGUUUCUUACGUCAAGGCCAUUGACGUCUGGAUGUCAUCGUGCAGCGUCUUCGUUUUUUUAUCACUGAUGGAAUUCGCGGUGGUAAAUAAUUACAUGGGUCCCAUUGCCACCAAAGCGAUGAAAGGUUACUCCGACGAGGAUCUUCGGCAAGCUAUCGACGAAUUCAAGACGCCGAUGCGAUCAGAGUCCGAAAGAAGCAGGAGUCCGGGUCGACCGCCAACGGUACAAUACGAGACUUGUUGCCAGGGUAGAGCGACGGCCAUCUACAUCGACAAAGUUUCGAGGUUCUUCUUCCCUUUUUCAUUCUUCAUAUUGAACGUCGUUUACUGGAGUACCUUCCUAUAGCCCAUUUUCGAAACGAAUCGUUAUAGUUACCAGCCGGAACAGUUGUAGCCAUCGUCAUUAGCCCUAAAUUAUAUACAUUUAUAUACAAAAGAGAAUAAAUAAAGAAAAAAAUUUAAUCGUCCACCCCGCAAGUGCGUAAGUCAAAAUUGAUUUUUAACAUUGCGUUUCUUUUCGAUGUCGUAUCUCCCCGAUUCAUAUCGAUUCGAAUCAAAAAAAGCCUCGUCAAGAACUCAAAGAAUCGAAUUUGAAGAAACAAAAAUUUUGUAAUAAUCGUUCGAGAAACGUUCCAAAGGAUCGAUACGGUUCCGACGAGUCGAAUCGGAUCUGUAUGAUUGAUCAUGGCCAAAGCGAAGAAAAGUAUGUCGAUCAAUUAAUUGUCAUAAGAUGGAUAUCGUCGGAUUCGUUGAGAAUUUUCUCUUCAAGAAUGGAAAAUUCGAAAAAUUAAAUACAUAGGAAAAAAGCUGUUCAAGCUGAAACGAUACUUUACGCUCCGGACAAUAAUGUCAUUGUCAUCGUCAGUAUUCGUGCAGUAGCUAAAAACCAUGAAUAAAAUAAACGCAUUACACAUGUACAUGUAUUUCAUAAUGUACGCAAUACAAAAUGAAUAAAACAUUAGUUUGUUU